UUCCAGAGGGAAUGCAUCUCCGUGCACAUCGGGCAGGCGGGCGUGCAGAUCGGCAACGCGUGCUGGGAGCUGUACUGCCUCGAGCACGGGAUCCAGCCCGACGGCCAGAUGCCCAGCGACAAGACCCUGGGCGGCGGAGACGACUCGUUUAAUACGUUCUUCAGCGAGACCGGCGCGGGGAAGCAUGUGCCGCGCGCGGUUUUUGUGGAUUUGGAGCCUACUGUCGUUGACGAGGUCCGCACGGGCACGUACCGGCAGCUGUUCCACCCGGAGCAGCUGAUCACGGGCAAGGAGGACGCGGCCAACAACUACGCGCGUGGACACUACACCAUCGGCAAGGAGAUCGUGGACGUCGUGCUGGAUAGGCUGAGGAAGCUGGCUGACCAGUGCACGGGGCUGCAGGGAUUUCUGGUGUUCCAUUCGUUCGGCGGCGGCACGGGCUCGGGCUUCACGUCGCUGCUGAUGGAGAGGCUCUCCGUGGACUACGGGAAGAAGUCCAAGCUCGAGUUCUCCAUCUACCCCGCUCCUCAGGUGUCAACAGCAGUAGUGGAGCCCUACAACUCGAUCCUCACCACGCACACGACGCUGGAGCACUCGGACUGCGCCUUUAUGGUGGACAACGAGGCCAUCUACGACAUCUGCCGCCGCAACCUGGACAUCGAGCGUCCGACGUACACCAACCUGAACAGGCUUAUUGGACAGAUCGUCUCCUCCAUAACCGCCUCACUCCGCUUCGACGGCGCGCUCAACGUGGACCUGACGGAGUUCCAGACGAACCUGGUGCCGUACCCGCGCAUACACUUCCCGCUCGCCACCUACGCGCCCGUCAUCUCCGCCGAGAAGGCCUACCACGAGCAGUUGACCGUCGCCGAUAUUACUAAUGCUUGCUUCGAGCCGGCUAAUCAGAUGGUGAAAUGUGACCCGCGUCACGGAAAAUACAUGGCUUGUUGCAUGUUGUACAGAGGUGAUGUUGUACCCAAAGAUGUAAACGCAGCCAUUGCGACGAUCAAGACAAAGAGGAGCAUCCAGUUUGUCGACUGGUGUCCUACCGGUUUCAAGGUGGGCAUCAACUACCAGCCGCCGACGGUGGUGCCGGGCGGGGACCUGGCCAAGGUGCAGCGCGCCGUGUGCAUGCUGUCCAACACCACCGCCAUCGCCGAGGCCUGGGCUAGACUGGACCACAAGUUCGACCUGAUGUACGCGAAGCGCGCCUUCGUGCACUGGUACGUGGGCGAGGGCAUGGAGGAGGGCGAGUUCUCCGAGGCUCGUGAGGACCUGGCUGCGCUGGAGAAGGACUACGAGGAGGUCGGAGUAGACUCCACCGAGGGCGAGCUGGAUGAUGAUAAUGAGUACUAGGGAGGGUGAACCCCUCAAGUUCACCACCACCGGCA